CGUUUGGAGAAGCUCAUGGGUUCAUUCCGUUGUUAAGCGCCUCCCCAUUUCUCUAAACUACAUUAUAAUGCAACGAACCCCCCUUUUAACCACAAACCGAAUUUGCUUUCAUUUAGGCUAUAUAUAUUUCUUAAAUAGGUUAAAGUCAUAGAGAUUUUUUUUGGAAUAGCAUUUCGCCCUGGAGCGGUGCGCAAUGCUAUCUCAUGCCGACCUCCUGGAUGCUCGCCUCGGUGAGUUAACAUCACCAAACUCCGGUCUUCAACUCUACUGGAUGAAGGAUGCCGCGGCGGAGCUCCUGGGCCACAGGGAGGCUCUGAAGUGCAGGCUCGGCGGAGGGGGGCCUGACCCGGGACACUCCGGGGAGCUGGGCCCGGGCCCGGACGGCGUGGUGGAGGGAGCCACGAUGCUCCCGGGCGACGACAUCAGCAGCGGCGGCGGGUCCAACCCGGUGCAGGUGAACAGCAAGGAGCAGGAGAAGCAGCAGCAGCAGCAGCAGCAGCAGCAGCAGAACAGCGGCAACAACCCCAACCAGUCCGGAGGGCAGCAGAGCCAGAAGCAGAAGCGGCACCGGACGCGCUUCACGCCGGCGCAGCUCAACGAGCUGGAGCGGAGCUUCGCCAAGACGCACUACCCAGACAUCUUCAUGCGCGAGGAGCUGGCGCUCAGGAUCGGCCUGACGGAGUCCCGAGUGCAGGUCUGGUUCCAGAACCGGCGCGCCAAGUGGAAGAAGCGCAAGAAGACCACCAACGUGUUCCGCGCGCCGGGGACGCUGCUGCCCACGCACCACGGCCUGCCGCAGUUCCCGUCCGCCGCGGCGGCGGCUGCGGCCAUGGGCGACAGCCUGUGCUCCUUCCACGCCAACGACACCCGCUGGGCCACCGCGGGGAUGCCCGGCGUGUCGCAGCUGCAGCUGCCGCCCGCCCUGGGCCGCCAGCAGGCCAUGGCGCAGUCCCUGUCCCAGUGCAGCCUGGGCGCGGGGCCGCCGCCCAACUCCAUGGGUCUCUCCAACAUGUCGUCGAACGGCUCCGGGUUGCAGUCGCACCUGUACCAGCCCACGUUCCCCGGAAUGGUCCCCGCGUCCCUGUCCGGCCCCACCAACGUGACCGGCUCGCCCCAGCUGUGUAGCUCCCCGGACAGUGACGUCUGGAGAGGGACAAGCAUCGCGUCGCUGCGCCGCAAAGCGCUGGAGCACACAGUAUCCAUGAGCUUCACCUAGGGCGCGCGGUCGACAGCCUUUUCUUUCCCCUCACACAGAGAUCACCCCCUUCUUACUCAUCCAGUCCAUCCAAACGGGGCACCGGGAACCAGGAUACUUACUUAAAAAAAAAAAACCACACAGCGCGGCUGCUCACCGGCAUUUUUCCUCCAAACCACCGCGAGAGGAAGGACUGAAGUUCUCCACCGGGCCUGUUGGUCCUCAUAGGGCUGGUUCUGUUUGAAGCUAUAACUUAUUAUUUCGCAUGUAGCCUAUGUCAACUAUUUAUUUGUCUAUUUAAAAGGAAACUAUUGGUUUAUUUGGUAUUUAUUUCUUAUUUAUUCGCCACGUGCAGCCCUCUGCAGGGCGUCCAGUGACAUUUGCUUGGUGGCUGAUGGUUUUUGAAGACUAAUUCUGUGGAUACUUUGAAACACAAAACUAGGUUAUUACAGACUCCCUCCUCCUCUUCUCCCUCUUCUUUUUUUUUUAAUUUUUUUUAUUUUUUAAACCCCCCCUUACAUCUGCUGCACAGCAUGUGACUGGAAAGUGCCAAAGGGACGCACACUGGACACCUGGAGGUUUAAA